UCGCACUGAGCGGAAGCGCAGCGGCUCCAGCUGUUAUUGUUGACAGACGGAGCUUCGUGGGGAAAAUGGCGGUGUCCCGUCGAUCCUCACAGCACCAACAAAGCAGCUUGCAGCCUUCUCCGCGGAACGCUGUGAUCGCAUCCCCCCCACCCGAAUCGCCGUCCGCGAUUAUUCCCGAAUCGACGAGUUUAUUGAGCCCUUCGGCCACUGGCGCAGCGGAAUGCGGCGGAGCGACGAUGGAGUCCGCAGCGGCCUCCUCCUCCUCCGCCUCUCCUCCAGACCGGCCCGCCUCAGCAGCAGCGGCUGCCGCAGCCUCGUCAGCCCUCGUUAGCUCCAGCUGCAGCAGCAUUAGCUCCAGCGCGACCGCAGGCAGCCAGAGCCCCGGCUCAGGAGCGGACAGUCCCGGGGACGGAGUGUGCGGGGCCGGCGGGGCGUUCAGAGAGCUAUUCGAGGCCUGUCGGAACGGAGAUGUGUCGCGGGUGAAGAGGCUGGUAGACUCGGUGAAUGUGAACGCCAAAGACAUGGCCGGACGAAAAUCAACCCCUCUGCAUUUCGCUGCAGGCUUUGGCAGAAAGGACGUGGUGGAGCAUCUCCUGCAGACCGGAGCAAACGUCCAUUCCCGUGACGACGGCGGUCUGAUCCCGCUUCAUAACGCCUGCUCGUUCGGGCACGCGGAGGUGGUCAGUCUGCUGCUGUGUAGCGGCGCUGACCCCAACGCACGAGACAACUGGAACUACACACCUCUGCACGAGGCCGCCAUCAAGGGCAAAAUAGACGUGUGCAUUGUGUUGCUCCAGCACGGCGCUGAUCCGAAUAUCAGAAACACUGACGGCAAAUCAGCUCUGGACCUGGCAGACCCUUCUGCUAAGACCGUCCUCACCGGUGAAUAUAAGAAGGAUGAACUGUUGGAGGCAGCGAGGAGCGGAAAUGAGGAAAAGUUGAUGGCACUUUUGACCCCACUUAAUGUUAACUGUCAUGCCAGCGAUGGACGCAAGUCAACAUCUCAAAAAAUGCUGUCCACUCCUCUUCACCUUGCCGCUGGGUAUAAUCGUGUGCGUAUAGUGCAGCUGCUGCUGCAGUACGGUGCUGAUGUCCAUGCCAAAGAUAAAGGUGGUCUAGUUCCUCUGCAUAAUGCCUGCUCUUAUGGUCACUACGAGGUCACAGAGCUUCUGUUGAAGCACGGGGCGUGCGUUAACGCCAUGGACCUGUGGCAGUUCACACCGCUGCACGAGGCGGCCAGUAAGAAUCGAGUGGAGGUGUGUUCACUGCUGCUGAGUCACGGCGCUGAUCCCACACUGCUCAACUGCCACGGCAAGAGCGCGGUGGAUGUGGCGCCCACACCUGAACUUAAAGAGCGACUCACCUAUGAGUUCAAAGGGCACACGCUUUUGCAGGCGUCCCGUGAGGCGGACAUGGCAAAAGUCAAGAAAACCGCUCAAGAGAUCAUCAGCUUCAAACACCCUCACUCGCACGACUCUGCUCUGCACUGCGCCGUAGCCUCUCCUCAUCCCAAACGCAAACAGGUCACAGAGCUGCUGCUGCGGAAAGGCGCCAACAUUCACGAGAAGAACAAAGAUUUUAUGACUCCGUUCCAUGUAGCGUCUGAACGAGGUCAUAAUGACGUGCUUGAAGUCCUUCAGAAACACGGAGCAAAGGUGAAUGCUGUGGACACACUGGGACAGACAGCCUUGCACAGGGCGGCCCUCGCCGGUCACAUCCAGACUUGCAGACUAUUGCUAAGUUACGGUGCUGACCCAUCAAUCAUUUCACUGCAGGGCUUCACUGCGUCACAGAUGGGCAAUGAAGCCAUACAGCAAAUACUCAAUGAGAACAUUCCUCCUCGUAAUUCAGACGUGGAUUACCGCUUUCUCGAGUCUGCUAAAGCCGGAGACCUUGACACAGUCAAGCAACUGUGCUCCCCUCAGAACGUGAACUGUCGUGAUCUGGAGGGCCGUCACUCCACCCCGCUGCAUUUUGCUGCAGGGUACAACCGUGUGGCCGUCGUGGAAUACCUGUUGCAUCAUGGGGCCGACGUGCACGCUAAAGAUAAAGGUGGUCUGGUUCCUUUGCACAACGCGUGUUCAUACGGUCACUACGAGGUGACAGAGUUGCUGGUGAGACAUGGAGCGUCUGUGAACGUGGCGGACCUUUGGAAGUUCACACCACUACAUGAGGCUGCAGCCAAGGGCAAAUAUGAGAUCUGCAAACUACUGCUCAAGCACGGCGCAGACCCGUCUAAGAAGAACCGUGAUGGCAACACUGCUCUGGACAUGGUGAAAGACGGAGACACAGACAUCCAGGACCUUCUGCGUGGAGAUGCCGCCCUGCUGGAUGCCGCCAAGAAGGGCUGUUUGGCCCGCGUGCAGAAACUCUGCAGCCCUGAGAAUAUCAACUGCAGAGACACACAGGGCAGGAACUCCACUCCACUACACCUUGCAGCUGGUUACAAUAACCUGGAGGUGGCCGAGUAUCUCCUGGAGCACGGAGCAGAUGUGAACGCUCAGGAUAAAGGAGGACUGAUCCCUCUGCAUAACGCUGCUUCAUAUGGGCAUGUGGAUAUCGCCGCCCUCCUGAUCAAGUUUAACACAUGCGUGAAUGCGACAGAUAAGUGGGCGUUCACACCGCUGCAUGAAGCUGCGCAGAAGGGCCGCACACAGCUGUGUGCACUGCUGCUGGCACACGGUGCUGACCCCACCAUGAAGAACCAGGAGGGACAGACGGCUCUGGACCUGGCCACGGCUGAUGACAUCCGUGCGCUGCUGAUGGACGCGAUGCCCCCUGAUGCCCUGCCCAGCUGUUUCAAACCGCAGGCCACCGUGCUCAGUGCCGCUCUCAUAUCACCCGCCUCCACACCCUCCUGCCUCUCCGCAGCCUCCAGCAUCGAUAACCUGGCAGGGCCCCUCUGCGACGGGGCCAGUGGAGGGGCUACGGGACCCGCUGAUGGGGCCUCCGGAACUGAGCGCAAGGAAGGAGAUGCUGUCCUGGAUAUGAACAUUUCACAAUUCCUGAAGAGUCUGGGGCUUGAACAUUUGAGGGACAUCUUCGAGAGAGAACAGAUCACUCUGGACGUCUUGGCCGAUAUGGGUCACGAGGAACUCAAGGAGAUCGGCAUCAAUGCUUACGGACACCGUCACAAACUCAUCAAAGGCAUCGAGAGGCUGCUGGGAGGACAGCAAGGUGCCAACCCAUACCUGACGUUCCACUGCACCAAUCAGGGCACAGUUUUGAUCGACCUGGCUGUGGAUGAUAAAGAGUUUCAGUCUGUUGAGGAAGAGAUGCAAAGCACAAUUCGAGAGCACAGGGACGGAGGAAACGCAGGUGGCGUUUUCAGUCGAUACAAUAUUCUCAAGAUCCAGAAGGUGGUGAAUAAGAAACUGAGAGAGCGAUACACACACAGGCAGAAAGAGAUCGGAGAUGAGAAUCACAACCACCACAAUGAACGAAUGCUGUUUCAUGGAUCUCCAUUCAUAAAUGCCAUCAUCCAUAAAGGAUUUGAUGAGCGUCAUGCAUAUAUCGGUGGCAUGUUUGGAGCUGGCAUAUAUUUUGCAGAGAACUCCUCUAAGAGUAACCAGUAUGUCUAUGGCAUCGGAGGCGGCACUGGCUGCCCCACUCACAAAGACCGGUCCUGUUACCUGUGCCACAGGCAAAUGUUGUUCUGCCGUGUGACACUGGGAAAGUCCUUCCUGCAGUUCAGCGCCAUGAAGAUGGCCCACGCUCCCCCUGGACAUCAUUCUGUGAUCGGCCGUCCCAGUGUCAACGGCCUGGCCUACGCCGAGUACGUGAUCUACCGCGGAGAACAGGCCUACCCAGAGUAUCUCAUCAACUAUCAGAUAGUGAAGCCGGAAAGCACGCCUCAGUCCUCCACAGAAGCAGAGCAGAAAUCAUAGUCAGACACUGCGUUUCUACACUCACUCACUCACUCACUCAUUCGCUCACUCACUCAUUGUUUCUCACUCUCUUGUUGCACAAUGGAAAUGUGAACUUUCCCAUGUACCCACGUCUUGGAAUUCCCAUGUAUGAAUUAUGAAUUUGCACUUUUAAAAACAAGUUACUUAAGUUAUUUGAAAAUAGUUGCAAUUGUGAAGUCUAAUGUACAGGUAGUAUAAAGAAAACAUGUAAAACUGACUGUGUUUAAUGAUGCUAUUUGAGUUGUAUUUUAAUGGAACUUUUUUGUUUUGUUUUGAGUCUGUUAAUUUCUUUUAAAUAAAUCUCAUC